CAGAACUAUCUGCCGGACCCGUUGCCUCGUGCUCAGCGCGCCGCAUUCAAUGCCACCGCACCGCAGGUCCCCAAGAUUAUCCCCCAGACCAACCGCGCUGCCCGGUUCCUGCCGAACAACCAGUGGCCCUCGCCCGCUGUCCUGCAGCAGUUGCAGACCCCCAUGGUUAACGCGCAGACCAACGGCUACGUUCCGCUGCCGACUCAGCACCAGAACCAGUAUGGUGUGCAGCAGCGCUAUGCGAUGCCCACUUAUCCUCAGAAAAAUGCUGGUCCUGCGCAGAACAUGGGCUUUCUCAUGACCAAUGCAGCCGCCUAUCUUGAGGGCGAUGAUAAUCUUUCAUACCCGACGGAGAAGAACUACUCGAUGCCUGCUGAGGUCCCUCCCCAGCCGGUUGCGCAGCCGAUGCAGCAAAGCUACCCGCAGGCGAACGUGAAUCAGAACCAGAUGCCUGGUACGGUCUAUGGCCAGCAGGCGAAUCAGUUUGUCCCCCAAACCCAGAACCUCAACCCGCAGGUGAACCAGUUUGUUCCCCAAACGCCGAGACGCAACCGGCAGACGAACAUGAGCCAGAACGCCAUGGCUGGUCAGACCUAUGACCCGCAGUUCAAUCCGUCGGCUUCCCCAAACAAGAACCGCCGUAUGUCUGGACAGGCCACUCAAUACAACCCGCAGGUGAACAUGAACCAGAAUCAUAUGGUCUACAACCAGCAGGUGAACCAGCAGCAGAAUCAGUCCGUCCGCCAAAACCAGAGCCGCCCCAUGCCUGCGCAAGCGUUUCAGCCGCAAGUCAACCAGAUGCAGAAUCAUCCCAUGACUGGCCCGGCCCCUCGUCCGCAGCCGGCCAGCGGUUCAGGCAAUGCAACCAGCCGUAAGCGUUCCCAGGCUGAGAUGGGCCCCGCCGCCGAGGGUAUGGUGCCUCCACCUCCCAAGAGGGCUCACCACUAA